AUGGCGGAUAUUGAUACCCCAACCAGAGCUGGCCGGCCAAGCUUCGGUACGAACAUGCGCAGCCGUUCCUAUCUGCAGGAACAUCAGCAGUACCGGCCCCCGCAGCAAGACGGACACCAAGGCAUUGACAGCAUAGUUGAGGGCAUUCAAAAUGCCAAAAUCGAUGCUCCAAAGACUAUCCACCCCUACAACGGAGUCCCCUCGCCGAAAUCUCCUCCAAAGAUCAUCGACAGCGGGCUCAACCACACCUUGUCGCAUACGAAUUGUCAGCCUGCUCCCGGACAUCGUUCUGACCGACUGAUCGCAACCUUGAUCUACAAGACGAAAGCCCCUCGAGCAACUAUCACCGACUAUCCACCCGACCGCUCACCAUCGCCGGCGUUGACGGCCAAAUCGCGCGAACUUCCUCCAAAUCUCGCACCAGUUCGCACACUGUCCAACUUCCCACUCGAACCUCCUCCACCAGACCCAGAACCACUCGAUCAUCUAUACGGCAGUUACAUAUCUCCUCUAUGCCUGACGUCCUUUCUACACCUCAUCGCCUCUCUGCCAACCCGGCAAGGCUCCGAGACGCUGAUCUCAUCCCACCGCUGCUUGGACAACCCUACCCAUCCCGCCAUCGUCGAGCUUACGGUCUCGCCAACUCCUGACCCCACAUACCUUACACUUGAAGACCUACGUAAGCAUGAAUUGAUCUACCGAUUUGAGCGAGAAUGGAACGUCGAUGUGAUCCUGCAGGCAGACACUGUGCUCCGACGAUAUCCGCGGUUGGUAGUUUUUGAUAUGGAUUCGACCCUCAUCGAGCAGGAAGUCAUUGAUCUUAUUGCUGCGUCUAUUGGAGUGGAGGACAAGGUUUCUGCCAUCACAGCACGGGCUAUGAAUGGAGAAUUGGAUUUCUCUUCGUCAUUCAAGGAGAGGGUCAUGUUGCUGAAAGGUGUCGAGGCGGAUAUUUUCACGAAGCUCAGGACAGUCAUCACCCCAACGAAGGGUGUCAAGGAACUCAUUCGAGGGCUGAAGCGAAUGGGUGUCAAGACUGCCGUUUUCUCCGGCGGCUUUAUUCCUCUUACUCAGUGGCUUGCAGACCACCUAGGACUCGACUACGCUUUUGCAAACACGAUUGCUUCUGACCCCACAACCAAUCUGUUGACUGGAGAAGUGGUUGGAACCAUUGUCAAUGCAGAGAGGAAACGCGAUUUGAUGCUCGAGAUCGCCGAGAAGGAGAAAGUGCCAUUGGAGCAAGUUAUUGCUGUGGGUGAUGGCGCAAAUGAUCUGCUGAUGAUGAAAGCAGCCGGACUGGGAGUCGCCUGGAAUGCCAAGCCGCUUGUUCAAAUGGAAGCUGAAGCUCGGUUGAAUGGAGACAGUCUAUUGGAUCUCUUGCAUAUCUUUGGAUUGACCGCAGAGGAGGUUCAGACAUUGAUCCGAUAA